UACAAAACCACAAUUAAUAGAAAUACACAAUGAAGCUACCUUUCAAUAUUAUCAUCGCUCCAAUGAUUAAGCCUUAUCUUGGUAGAACCAGGAGUUUUUGUGAACAGCUCGCAUUCUCUUUCAGUAUUCCAUACACCUAUAUCUAUUCUACACUCGGUAUAUUUAUAAGUGCAAAUCAUUUAAGAAGACAUUUGGGGGAAGGUCUCGCUCCCGCUUUGUUAGAAGCCUCAGAUGAUGCGGUUGAACGUGAUUGUAUGCUUGUACACGAUUUAAGAAUUAUUGCCACUUCCAUGGGUCUGGUGCAAUACAUCUGUCUUUUAGCUGGUUGUUACACAUUAAACGGCAUAAAUGAGAGUCCGGAGGGCGUGCGAAUGCGCCUGCGCGCGCUGCUGGUGGCGCUGCUCGGAAUCUCGAUGUCGGCGUGCGCCUUCGCCUCGCAGCCCGUCGAGCUCGAGCUCGACGACGAUGAAGUCACCCAGAAACUCAACAACGUUAGCUUUGCGCGGCGAAUAACUAAACCAACUAUUCGACUGGUGAUGGGCUAUGGCAAGUUUAGCGCGUUUGUUACUGCCACCACUUCACUACUUCUGCUAAUAGCUGUUAUGUCUAAGCAGGCGUGGUGGCGGCGAGGCGUACGAUGGUUGGCGGCGCCGGCGCUACUUGUGGCGGCGUUGGAGGCGGCAUCAGAUGCCAGCGAUGCAAUGAUCGCGGCUGUCCUGCGAGGCUCCACCGACCCCGCCCGGGUGCUUCUACAAACUGUUGCAGCAGCCCUGCUUGUCACCGUCGAGAUCCUUAUUUGGUAUUUCAUUGCGAAAUUUUUUGAGUACAAUCCGCCGAUAACCCCUGAUGAUCGCGAAAAGAAAACUUUAAUUGAACCAGUCCCUCAGUAAAAUACCUGUACGUUGUUCGAUUCAAUAAAAUAUAUACCUAAUCAUUUU